UCAAGAAAUUUAUUUCAAAUGGGCCAACUCUUCAAGACGUGAAGAUGACUAGGAAGAUAGCUUGUCCAGAUUCACAAUCUCAAAAAAACACAAAAAUAAAAUCUCAAGAAGAAGAAAAAAACAGAGCAAGAAGAAGACACAACCAUGGAAGAAUCAGAACAAGCUCUUCCUCUACUAACAAAAGCCAAAGAUCUGACAAAACCAUCAUCAUCAUCCUCGGCAUCAUCAUCUUCAUCUUCUGAACCAAGAGAUGAUGAAACAGAGGAUCUUCUUUUACCAAUCUCCGGCGAAGAAGAAGAAGAAGAGAACUCACCAAUCCGACAAGUAGCACUCACCGUUCCAACAACAGAUGAUCCUUCAUUACCUGUCCUAACAUUUCGCAUGUGGGUCUUGGGAACUCUCUCUUGCAUCCUCUUGUCCUUCCUGAAUCAGUUCUUUUGGUACAGAACAGAACCUCUCACUAUCUCUGCCAUCUCCGCCCAAAUCGCCGUCGUACCUCUUGGUCGUCUCAUGGCCGCUAAAAUCUCCGAGAGAGUCUACUUUCAAGGUUCAAAGUGGCAAUUCACGUUGAAUCCAGGUCCGUUUAAUGUGAAGGAGCAUGUGUUGAUCACUAUUUUCGCUAACGCGGGGGCUGGAUCUGUUUACGCAAUACACGUUGUUACCGUCGUGAAGGCGUUUUACAUGAAGAACAUAACGUUCUUUGUCUCUUUUAUCGUUAUCGUCACCACCCAAGUGUUAGGGUUUGGUUGGGCCGGAAUAUUUAGGAAAUACCUCGUUGAACCGGCGGCGAUGUGGUGGCCAGCGAAUCUGGUUCAAGUCUCACUUUUUAGAGCGUUGCAUGAGAAAGAAGAACGGACCAAAGGAGGGUUGACACGUACACAGUUCUUUCUGAUAGCAUUCGUUUGCAGUUUCGCUUAUUAUGUCUUUCCGGGAUACUUAUUUCAGAUCAUGACGUCUUUGUCGUGGGUUUGUUGGUUCUUUCCAUCAUCAGUCAUGGCCCAACAGAUCGGGUCCGGUCUUCACGGGUUAGGUGUUGGAGCCAUUGGACUCGACUGGUCAACCAUUUCCUCUUACUUGGGUAGUCCACUCGCUAGUCCAUGGUUUGCUACGGCUAAUGUGGGUGUGGGAUUUGUUCUGGUGAUAUACGUCUUGGUACCAAUAUGCUAUUGGCUCGAUGUGUUCAAGGCGAAGACCUUCCCCAUAUUUUCGAGCUCUCUUUUUACAGAACAGGGUUCAAAAUACAACAUCAAAUCCAUUAUAGACUCUAAUUUCCACCUUGACCUCCCAGCCUACGAGCGUGAAGGCCCUUUGUACCUUAGCACUUUCUUCGCCAUUAGUUACGGUGUUGGUUUUGCCGCUUUAAGCGCUACCAUCAUGCAUGUUGCUCUCUUCCAUGGAAGGGAGAUAUGGGAGCAAAGUACGGAGAGUUUCAAAGAAAAGAAAUUGGAUGUACACGCAAGGCUAAUGAAAAGUUACAAACAAGUUCCAGAGUGGUGGUUUUGGUGCAUACUCGUUACCAACAUUGGAGCCACAAUCUUUGCUUGUGAGUAUUACAAUGACCAACUUCAGUUACCAUGGUGGGGUGUUCUAUUGGCAUGUGCAAUCGCCAUUAUCUUUACACUCCCUAUCGGUAUCAUCACCGCCAUCACUAACCAGGCGCCAGGACUGAACAUUAUUACAGAAUAUAUCAUAGGAUAUAUCUAUCCAGGGUAUCCAGUUGCAAAUAUGUGCUUUAAAGUAUAUGGAUACAUAAGCAUGCAACAAGCCAUCACUUUUCUUCAAGACUUCAAACUUGGUCACUACAUGAAGAUUCCACCUAGAACCAUGUUCAUGGCACAGAUUGUUGGAACACUAAUCUCAUGUUUGGUUUACCUUACAACGGCUUGGUGGCUAAUGGAGACCAUUCCCAACAUAUGUGAUAUGGUUUCCAACUCGGUUUGGACAUGUCCAACGGAUAAAGUCUUUUACGAUGCAUCCGUGAUAUGGGGACUAAUUGGACCUCGUCGAAUCUUUGGAGAUCUUGGUUUAUACAAAUCCGUUAACUGGUUCUUCCUCGUGGGAGCUAUAGCCCCAAUUCUUGUAUGGUUAGCGUCAAGGAUGUUUCCUAGACAAGAGUGGAUCAAGCUUAUAAACAUGCCGGUUCUUAUAAGCGCGACAAGCUCGAUGCCACCCGCUACAGCCGUGAACUACACAACAUGGGUUCUUGCCGGGUUUUUGUCCGGUUUUGUUGUGUUUAGGUACAGACCAAAUCUAUGGCAGAGGUAUAAUUAUGUUUUGUCAGGAGCAUUGGAUGCUGGAUUAGCAUUUAUGGGAGUGUUGCUCUAUAUGUGUUUGGGACUUGAGAAUGUGAGUCUGGAUUGGUGGGGAAAUGAGCUUGAUGGUUGUCCUUUGGCCUCUUGUCCAACCGCGCCAGGUAUUAGCGUUGAAGGUUGCCCGCUUUAUACAUAAAACCUCGACUCAAUUCGAUUGGGAAAAUGGCGAAUACAUUUACUUCCUCUGCUAAAGUUUGGCCGCUGGAUUUGGUGUUAUGUUUGUAAAGAUCAUUUUUUACCUUCAUUCUCAUAAACAGUGUGAGAUUGUUGUGUGUAGAAAUUGUAAAGAUGGUUUAGUACGUAGGGUGGGGUAUUUCAACAAUUUGGAUUAUUUCCGUUUUUUUUUUCCUUUCUUUUUUGUUAAGAUUAUUUCAGUUUCUUGAGUUUUUAAAACAUUCAUAAUCAAUUGAAACCAUUUUUUAUUCCCA